AUGCAGAAAACAACCAAGUCUCCUAUUGAAAUGGGUUCAUGGCCUGAUUUUAUCGAGCAACGCAUUGCUCUCUUUGAUAAGCUUAUGGCUCGGUACAAAAGUGAAAUUGCCGCAAAGAAGCCUGAAAAAAUUAGAAUCACUCUACCAAACGGAAAGCAGUUUGAAGGAGAAUCAUGGCGUACAACUCCCCUUAUGGUCGCUGAACAAAUCAGUCGAGGGUUGGCUGAUGCUGCUGUUGUAGCAAAAGUGAAUGAAGAGGUUUGGGAUUUGGACAGACCAUUUGAAGGCGAUGCUGUCUUGCAAAUUCUCAAAUUUGAUGAUGACGAAGGGAAACAGGUGUUUUGGCAUAGCUCAGCGCAUAUUAUGGGUGAAGCUAUAGAACGAUUUUGUGGCGGUCAUUUAUGUUAUGGACCACCUAUUGCAGAAGGCUUUUUUUAUGAUAUGUGGAAAGAGGGAGAUUCAAUUACACCGGAUGAUUUUCCAAAGUUGGAACAAAUCAUAAAAUGUGUCGUUAAGGAUAAGCAGCCAUUUGAACGAUUAGUUGUAUCGAAAGAAGACCUGUUGGAAAUGUUUAAAUACAACAAAUUCAAGGUUCGGAUAAUAAAUGAAAAAAUCGAUGCGCCAUUUACCACAGUAUAUCGUUGUGGACCCUUGAUUGAUUUGUGUCGAGGACCACACGUUCUUCACACUGGCAAAAUAAAGGCUUUAUCAGUGACUAAAACUUCAAGUUCAUACUGGCAAGGGCGAUCAGAUGCAGAAUCUCUAAUUCGUCUUUAUGGAAUAUCAUUUCCUGACUCAAAACAACUAAAGGAGUGGAAAAAAUUGCAAGAAGAAGCAGCCAAGCGAGAUCAUAGAAAAAUCGGACGCGAUCAGGAACUUUAUUUCUUUCAUCCUCUCAGCCCUGGAUCAGCUUUCUGGUAUCCAAAAGGAGCGCAUAUUUAUAAUACUUUAUGUAAUUUUAUUCGAAAGCAAUAUCGUAAACGAGGAUUUACUGAGGUUAUUUCACCUAACAUAUAUAAUAGCAGAUUGUGGGAACAAUCAGGACAUUGGGAGCAUUAUUCAGAUAAUAUGUUCAAAAUAGAUAUUGAAAAAGAAACAUUUGGGCUGAAACCAAUGAAUUGUCCAGGACACUGUUUGAUGUUCUCUCAAAUGCCACGUACUCACAAUGAGUUACCGCUUCGAUAUGCUGAUUUUGGGUGUUUUUAUUUUGAAAAUGAAAUGGAUCUUCUGUCUGGUGCUUUGUCCGGUCUUACCCGAGUGCGGCGUUUCCAGCAAGAUGACGCUCACAUUUUUUGUCGCCAAGAUCAGAUUCUUGAUGAAAUAAAAGGUUGUAUUGAUUUUCUACAGUAUGCGUACAUUGAUGUAUUCAAUUUCACAUUCAAAUUAAAUUUGAGUACCAGACCAGAGGUGGGAUAUUUAGGUGAUAUUGAAACAUGGAAUUUCGCUGAAGAAAAAUUAAAAGAAGCGCUAGAUGCAUCCGGACAUAAAUGGGAACUCAAUCCUGGUGAUGGUGCUUUUUAUGGCCCUAAGAUCGAUAUUACGAUCAAAGACGCUCUUCAACGGUUUCACCAGUGUGCAACGAUACAGCUUGAUUUUCAGUUGCCUAUACGAUUUGAUUUGUCCUAUUUUGAUGAAAACAAUGAAAGACAACGACCAGUCAUGAUUCAUCGCGCUGUUUUGGGUUCAAUUGAACGAAUGACUGCUAUUUUAGCCGAGAACUAUGGUGGGAAGUGGCCUUUUUGGCUAUCACCACGUCAGGCUAAAGUGAUCACAGUUCACGAGUCUCAAAGCGAGUAUGCAAAAAUGGUACAGGAAAAAAUUCAUGAAGCUGGUUUUGAAGUUGAGUUCGACGAAAAUUCAUCAGAUACUUUGAAUAAGCAAAUACGCAAUGCUCAGCUUGCUCAAUUCAACUUUAUUUUAGUGGUUGGACCACAAGAGGCACAAAAUAAAACUGUCAAUGUGAGAAUGCGUGAUAAUACUGUAAAAGGAGAAGUGAAAUUAGACGACCUUAUUGCAAAAUUCAGAAGAUUCCAGAACGAAUAUGUUUGGGAUACCAAGAGUACCGAAGAGUUUUGA